UGUAUCAACUAAUGAUUUUGUGUGAGUGAUCAAUAAAAAGUGAAAAUGAAUAAUUUGGCUUUUGAAUAUGAUCGGGAUGGUGACCUGGAAAAUGGAAAGAGGAAGGACAUUGAAGUUACUCAAUCAGCUACUUUUGAGGAGGCUGUUGCAGUUGCAGGUACAGGCAAAUUCCACAUCUUCAUACUAUUUACUACCGGUUUUUGCAUGGCUGGUGUCAUCACAGAAUCCUUAGGAAUGAGUUUUGUUUUACCAUCAGCCGAUUGUGAUUUAAAUAUGACUCUAAAUGAAAAAGGACUUUUGUCAGCUAGUGCAUUUUUAGGUCUGGUCCUAAGUGCCCAUAUGUGGGGCUUUUUAGCUGAUACCAGAGGCAGAAAAUUUGUCAUGAGGUUGUCUCUGAGUAUUGCCCUGGUUUGUUCCUGGAUAUCAUCACUUUCUCACCAGGCUUGGCUGCUGACUUUGAUGAGAUUCUUGACUGGAUUUUUGGUUUCUGGAGCAAGUUCAACAGCCUAUGCAUAUUUAGGAGAAUUUCAUGGAGAUAAAACAAGAGCCAGGGCAAUCAGUUGGGGAGCUUCUUUUAUUUCUAUGGGAAUGGUAUUUUUGCCAGCAAUUGCUUGGGGAAUAAUUCCCCUCAACUUCAGAUAUCCCAUACCAGGUUUGGCAUAG